UACUCACAACCAGAUAUCACUUCAUUUCUACAUGCUGUUAAACCAACGCAACAUAAGUAGAAUGGCUAAGUACAUUUAUGCUAAUUUAAUUUCAGUUCAAAUCAACAGUAAUAUUCUUUAAAGUAUUAAAAUUUGGUUUCUAACCUUAGUUAAGCGGCUAAUUGUAGAUAGAAAUGUCAAAUUAAUGUCUGACUAACCAGAUAAAUCAAAUCUUAAAGAAACACAAAAUAGUAAAAGUGCCUUUCUCAAUUGUUCUUUAGCUUGCAAUGUAACCAGUAACGGUAAAAGCUUCGUGAUGUUUCCAUCCAUAUCUACAGUCCGUCUUCUCCGCAAACAUUUCUACAAGUAUUUUAUUAUUAUUUAUUGUGUGUGUUGUGUUUUUGUUUUUGCUCUGCUUUUCAGUUCCCUGGACACGACGCUGCCCCGUCCAUAGAAUGAAAUCAGGACGUGGGCUUCUAGGCACAUAUUAAAUUCCCAGUUCAUAGUUUCCUUGUUUCGUUCAUUUGUUUGUUUUUCUAGGACACUAAAUAAUGCAUUUUGACCUUGUCUCUUGGAAACAGCCUGCACGAAAGGACGAUGCGCUACGUCAUCGGCGCGGCUCCGGCUCCUCCUCGCCUCAUAACUGCGAACCUGCGUCCGUCCAGUGCUAGAGGUGAACAGGACAGGAUGGGAUGCUCCACCAGCUCUCAAACUUCAGCGGUGGAUACGACUCGACCCAGUUCUAAGCCCGAGGAAAGCAACGGAGCCAGCACCACCGGCGCCACAGAGGCCGCUAACAAGAAUGGCAAGGUUGCCGAGGACAGCGAAACCAUCCCAGACCAGACGCCUGCCGCGGAUGGAGACGGGGCGGUCGUAGCCGCGGCGUCCGCGAGCCCCGUGUCUGCAGCGCCGCCGGCAGCGGAGGAGCCUGAACCCGCACCCGAAGCUCCGGCGGCCGCGGAGCCCUCUCCCGAGGCGGCAGCUGCAGCUCCAGAGCAAGAAUCCGAGGCCACAGCUACUGAACCCACACCCACCACAGACGAGGCACCAGCUCCCAGCGAGUGAAGUGCAACACGGAUAGCUGCACAGCUGACUUUGUUACCUAGUGUGUAUGCAUGAGUGUAUGUACAGUGUGUGUGCGUGUGUGUGUCUGAGAUACUGAUGUUGCCAAGACGCAGACCCUGUGAUGAGCCCUUUCACUGGGGGCGCCCCAGUCGCCACUGUGCCUUCUCCUCCUCGUGAUGAUGUACGACUGCAGGUUCUGCUUGAAAGCUGUACAUACAGUUCUGCAGCUCAGCGUGUGUUUAUUUACGAAUCAUUUUUAAAAUAACUUUAUUUAACUAGAUUUCUAUUUAGUUCAUAGUUGCAUUGAAUAGGAAACACCCUUAACAGCUGAGCUACCAGCUGAUUCUGUACUGUUCUACCAAAUUAUAAUUAAGAAAUAUAAAUGAGAAAACUAAAGCCAAAAUAUAUGUAAUUAAUGGAAUAAUAAUGGCUUUGAUUUUACAAAAACAAAUGAAAUGGAAUGAAAGAAUAUAAUCUAAAUAAAAACAAUUGCAAAUUAAUACUAUGUGAAUAUAUUUUUUAUGUUACUACUAUCAAAUAAAAAAUGCAGUAAAAUACA